AUGGUUAUGAGUCUUCGGGUGUCAGAGCUGCAGGUUUUGUUGGGUUACGCAGGGCGAAACAAACACGGACGAAAACACGAACUGCUGACCAAAGCCCUGCACCUGCUCAAGUCGGGCUGCAGCCCUGCCAUCCAGAUGAAGAUCAAAGAGCUUUACCGAAGACGUUUCCCCACCAAGAUGGUGUCGCCCGCCGAACUGGCUCUGCCGGGGGUCCACCCCGCACCCGGGGGACUGCCCGCCAGUCUGGCCCAACUGGGCUUCGACGCACACGGAGCCCCCUCGCCCCUGCUGCCCAUCUCUCUGCUGGGUCCCAAACAUGAACUGGGUCUGCCUCACCUGCCCUCUGCCCUCCACCCGGUCCAUCCAGACGUCAAACUGCAGAGACUGCCUUUCUACGACAUGUUGGAUGAGCUCAUCAAACCUACCAGCCUUGCUUCAGACAACAGCCAGCGGUUUCAGGAAACGUGUUUUGCUUUUGCAUUAACGCCACAGCAAGUCCAACAGAUUAGCAGCUCAAUGGACAUUUCUGGGACCAAAUGCGACUUCACAGUUCAAGUACAGUUACGGUUUUGUUUAUCAGAAACGAGCUGUCCUCAGGAAGACCAUUUUCCGCCUAACCUCUGUGUUAAGGUGAAUGGGAAACCGUGUAACCUUCCGGGAUAUCUUCCUCCAACCAAAAAUGGUGUGGAGCCAAAGCGGCCCAGCCGACCCAUCAACAUUACCUCACUGGUCAGAUUGUCUACAACAGUUCCCAACACCAUCGUAGUGUCAUGGACUUCAGAAAUCGGAAGGAGUUACUCCAUGGCAGUGUAUCUGGUGAAACAACAGUCCUCCACAGUGCUUUUACAGAGACUAAGGGCAAAAGGCAUCAGAAACCCAGAUCACUCCAGAGCACUGAUAAAAGAGAAGCUAACAGCAGAUCCAGACAGUGAAAUAGCCACAACCAGCCUGCGAGUAUCGUUGCUGUGCCCGCUGGGGAAGAUGCGUCUGAUGAUUCCCUGUCGAGCAUUGACGUGUUCGCACCUGCAGUGUUUCGAUGCCACGCUUUACAUCCAGAUGAAUGAGAAGAAGCCCACAUGGGUGUGUCCUGUGUGCGAUAAGAAAGCCCCCUACGAACACCUUAUCAUUGACGGGUUGUUUAUGGAGAUCCUGAACAGCUGUGUGGACUGUGAUGAGAUUCAGUUUAAAGAGGAUGGCAGCUGGGCCCCCAUGAGGUCGAAGAAGGAAGUGCAGGAGGUGUCUGCAUCCUACAAUGGUGUAGAAGGCGGCUGUCAGUCACCUAUAACAGAGCAGAGGACCAACUCCACACACACCAACAGCAGCAGUAACAGUAAGAAGGUAGAGGUGAUUGACCUGACACUGGACAGCUCGUCUGAUGAGGAGGAGGAGGAAGAACCACAGCCAAAGAGAACAUGCCCCUCUCUGUCCCCAGCCUCACCACAGAUCAACAAAGGGGUUCUGAAUCUGCACCCACAGGCCUCCCCGGUGGCGAGGACUCCGAGCAUCCCCCACAUAGACACCAGCUACAUCCCUCCCCCACCUCCUCUUAUUCAGGACUACCGCCACUACUACUCUACACCCAGCGACCUGUCAGAUCUCAGCUUCUUCUCCUCGUUUUUACAAGGGGACAAUCAUCAGCAUUAUAACAUGGUGAUGGCUGCAGCGGCAGCGGCUUCUGCGUCGGGAGCGGACGACAAUGAGCUCCUGCUCAAUCGGUUCCUGCCAUAUGGCUCUUCCCAGCUGUUUCUGGAUGGUCCGCCCACCUCGGUGAGCAGUCCCCUGGCACCCGUCAGCGUCAACGGGAGCACCAGCAACAGCAGCAGCCUGGGCUCCUCCGGCAGCCUAAGAGAGAGUCACGGCCAUAGCGCUCCGCCAAGAACCAGCGCAGAGUCCGCGGCCGCCGCGGCCAUUUACGGAUCAAUUCCCGAUGUUAUCUCACUCGACUGACCUCUGCUAACACACACGCA